UCUCCAUCCUUCCCGGCUUCUUCCUACAGACAAAUAACGAUGCGGCGAAGAAAGAUACUUGUGUCUGCAGCAGGCGAACCCCUUCUUCGUUGGGCAGGGGCUUUGUUAAGCCUCUGUGGCUCAUGGCUGGCAUUUGAGGCUGGUGGGGGCUCAGUCUGAGGGUUCCCGUGCGUGAGCAGCCCAGCCAGGCCAUCAGCCUGACGGUGGCCCAGGUCUCUAGGCCAGAGACACCCCGGCGCAGCCUCCCCCAGAGAGCCCUUUAGAGUUGGGGAGGAGGUGGGUGUUGGUGUGAGUGGGCGAGAGGUGGGUCUACGUUUAAGUCAGUGCUUUCAGCUAGCAAGAGCAGGAGAGAAGCAAACCUACCCUGGCAUGUGCUCUGCCCCCUUGCUGUGCCCCUGCCCAUCCUGGCAUCCUCCCAGCAGUCUGUCCAUCUUGCUAGUCAGCUCGCUGUCCCUCAAGCUGCUCUCAGACCCCUCCCCUGGCCCAAAGCUCCCUGUCCUUGUCCAGAUGGAGUGUCCAGCCAAGGAGAGAGGCCAGGGGAGGGGUGCACUCUGGGCUGGGGGAGGAGACAAGGUCCCCCAGUGCACGGUUGGGGUGGGGCAGCCAUUGGGCUCCAGGCAGUGGAGCUGGCCUGGGCUGGAGAGGGCUGCCUGGCCCGGGCUCCAGGGCACUGCAGCCGUUACCCUUGUCAGACAGACACGGCUGCACACUUAGUGCACUUUCCACUUCUGUGUGACCCUGAGCAAGCACGGUGCCCCUGGUGCCUCAGUUUCCCUCUCUGGAGGACAGGGAGAGCUACGCAGUCGGCCUCGGGGGUUGCUGCUUGAAAUAAGAUGGUGUGUGGUGCUCGGUACCCAGUGACCCUAAGACCUUCAGCCAGCAUCGGUCUCCUCUCCCCCACUCUUCACCUUCCUGGAUUCAUCCCGGAGGCCCCAGAGGGGGAAGAGGAGGAGCCUGAGGGUCCGCUUUGGGAGCAGGACCUGAAGGAGAGCUACGUCGAGCUCUUCCAGGGUGCGCGGGAGUGGCAGGACGGCUGUGUCUACCGAGGAGAGUUCGGGCUGGGCGUGAAGCUGGGGUGCGGAGGGUUCUCCUGGCCCACGGGCGAGUCCUACCACGGGCACUUCUGCCGGGACCACCGCCACGGCCUGGGCACCUACGUGUGGCCGGAUGGCUCCAGCUCCACUGGCCUGCUUUACCUCGGCGCCUGUGAGGGCUACGGCCCCACGUGCCUGAAGGAGAGGCUCUUCCAGGGGCUGUACAAAGCAGAUGAAAGGUUCGGGCCGGGCGUCGAGAUCUACCCAGACGGCAGCCAGGAGGUGGGGCUGUGGUUCCACGAGCACCUCAUCAAGCUGUGCGUGGAGAUACCCAGCAGCUUCUCCAUCCGCAGCUACCCCGAGUUCUCGGGCUUUCUUGUGCACUUGCAUGCCAGAAUCACCCUCUCAGAUGAGGAGAAGCUGGAGUGGGCCCUGCAGGAGGGGCGGGACCCGUUCUCCUACGACUGUAAGCGGUUUCUUCUGAACGACAGCCUCAGAAAUGCAGAAAUGCACAUCUGCUCCACUGACAACAGCUGCCUGCCCGUCACCUCCUCUUUCCUCAAAGACUUGGCUGCCCGCAUCUCUCUCAACGACAUCCCUGCAUUCGCUGAGGAUGGAGAACCCUGGUUUAUCAAAAACGAGACCCCCUUGAUGGUCAAAAUCCAGAGGCCAGCUUACAAGUUCAGGAAUAAGAGGGCUCUCACCAGCUGGAACGUGGGCUCCAUCCUGGAGGGGAAGUGGAGUGGCUUCGUGCGCCACGGGCCCAAGGAGCAGCUCUCCAAGGAGAUGAUCCUGAAGGCCCAGGAGGGGAAUUACGACUGGCUUUACGGGAUCCUGAGGGACAACCUUGCCAGCCCCGAGGUGGCCGACGCCAAGGGCUAUACGGUACUCGCUGCGGCUGCUGUUCACUGUCACGUUGACACUGUCAGCCUUCUGCCGGACAACGGGGCCGACGUGACCAAGUGCGCGGAUGAGGACCUCAUGCCCCUCAGCACACGCCUCCUCCUGUACCAUCUGACCGGGUCCUUCAAGCCCAACAUUGCCAAGAGUGUGGUGCCUGAGCCCCAGGGUCGGGCAGCGAGGAGGGCGGCCGGGGGGUCUCGGGAUGGGGACCCCAGGAGCAGCGCCAGCGACUUGGGGAGGUCGCGUCACGUGGCGUCGGGGACCUUGGGCCGGUGCGCGCCGUGCAGCAACUUCGGGUCCUACCGGGGUGUGUGUCAUUUCUGCGUUGAGCUGUCGCAGGACCUGCUGGAGAGGAGCGCGCAGGCGCACAGCCCGCUGAAGGCCCCUGCUGACAAGGGCACCGUGCGGAGGAUGGCGCUGUCCAUGGUCCAGUACGUCGCGGGCUGGUCGCGGGCCCCGGACCCUUUUCAGGGGGAGCCGCAUGCCUGGUUCCACCGGGAGGGCAUUUCUAGACGUGGGAAAAUACAUCCAGCUCUGUUCACAAGGAAACCCUUGGAGCAACGUGGCAACGAGCCACAGAAGGCUGAGGCCCUGAAGCUGCCACGCAAGUCGAGGCGCUUACGUUCCACCUACAGGCACGAGUGA